CACUGGAGAUGCGUAACGCAACAGCCCCGAUGGCGGUCACGGUGGCGGACGUUCAGCGCCUCGCCGAGGCCAAGCUCGAAGAAAGCGCGAGAACCUACAUCGCCAUCGGAGCGGGACAAGAGCAGACCACCUUGGAGAACACGCGCGCGUUCCAGAGGCUCCGCUUCAGGCCCCGGAUGCUCAUUGACGUGGAAGCGAUUAGGACGGCGACCAGCGUGCUCGGCCACACAAUACCUUUCCCCGUUGGUCUGUCCCCGUCCGCGGCUCACAAGAUCGCGGACCCUGUGGGAGAGGUUGGCACGGCGCAAGCUGCGCAGGAGGUCGGAACUGUUAUGAUCCUGAGCUGCUUGAGCACCGUGACGCUGGAGGAUGUCAGGGCCAACGCGCCCGACUGCGUGCUCUGGCAGCAGGUGUACCUAUUCAGCGAGAGGUGCCUCACCGAAUCGUUGGUUAAGAGGGCCGCAGAACAAGGCUGCACGGCCAUCGUGGUGACCGCGGACGCUCCCGUCGACGGAGACAAGAUCAGCCGCCACGAGUACCCACAUAGCCUUCCCCAAGGACUCAGUACCGCCAACUUGGAUGCAUCGUUUUCCUACCACAGGCCCGAUUGCACUGCCGUGAGCGAGCACUCCCGCGAAGUAAGCGCCAUGCAUUGCGCCACCUUCAAGGAGAUCGAAUGGCUGCGCACUCUUUCUGAGCUACCUGUGGUCGUCAAGGGUGUCCUUACGGCCGAAGACGCGCUCGAAGCACACCGGCAUGGUGCAGCCGCUGUGCUCGUGUCCAACCACGGUGGACGCCAACUGGACGGAACACCGGCAACAAUUGACGUCCUCGCGGAGAUCGUGGCUGCUGUGGGUGACAAGCUGGAAGUGUACCUGGACAGUGGAGUGCGCACAGGUGCCGACGUGGUCAAGGCGCUCGCGCUCGGAGCUCGCGCGGUCUUCGUGGGACGACCGGUGCUCUGGGGACUGGCAUACGACGGCAAACAAGGAGUCCAGAGGGUUCUACGAAUACUGAGGAAUGAACUGGAGCACACCAUGCGACUGCUCGGUUGUUCGGACGUUAACGACCUGUGUGAAGACUUCGUCAUUCACGAGAAGCGACACCCUAGGCCACUGCGGUGUGCUCUGUGAAGGCAGCAUGACUGGGUGCAACCGAUUCUUCGCAGAACAACAGCAAUGAACAUGAGCAAGCAAAAGCGCAACAACCAGAAGAGCCAAGAAGAUUUCGAGUUUAGUCAUCAUGGUUAUGUGGACAUGAACGAAAUAUAGCCAAGUGCGCUGGCUCAGCGGAGCUGGGGACAGUUUUUGUAAUUCAGGGCUUUAACAUGCCGUCGAUUCAGGACUGAAUUGAUGUCUUAUAGCUCUCGCUGGUCGGGGUUCGAGCCACAGUUUUUUGUUGUCUACUGACCGUGAUCAAGGGCGCUAUAACGUAAAACGAUUCAAAAAUUUUCAAUUACAAUUCUGCAAUGAGCCCUCCGCGAUUGGUCAAAAACUUUUUUGGACCACACCCAUUCUCCUGUCUGUUACGCGACGUCACGAAAACCGCGAUAGUAAAGAAUAUCAGCUGAGUUCCCGCUGUACCGAUUGAAUCGGUGCACUGCCCCUGACAGUAGCACGCUUCCCGACAAUGCGGCCAGCGCGCGCCGCAGUAGCAGACGAGGCAGACCACGACUCCGCUCCUCGAGCGUCUGCGCCUGCUGAACCUGCUGCUGCAGCACGACUCCAUUGCUUGCCGCAUCGCGAUGCAGUACGUUCCGAGUUUUCCCCUAAGUGUGAAACAGACUGUACACGCUUGUAUUUGCCUUUAAGAAGAUCGGCACGCUUGACGAUUAUUUUUAUGGCUGCAAUGCUGUGAAAGGGCAGCGUCCGCUUAGCCAUGUAAGUAACGCUGAGCAGGUAAUUGGAAACGACAUCGUAUGUGCCGCCAAAACCCUGUCGGCACGUACGAUGCGGCACAUACAUACGGCACAUACGAUGUAAAAUCAUUUUUGCAGUUUCACACAAAAUGUUUGCUACAAAUCCGUGUUGUCCCUGAUGGCGACAACGGACUUCCAUCGACACUGUACAUGAAAUAUAUCGCUGCAUAACUCAAGUACGACAUGCGCACACAACUUUAACUAGCACGUCCCCUACAAUAUAGAAUAGAAGCAACAAUCUAAAUAGCUUGGCCAUUUUUUAACAGUGCUCAAGAGACGGAAGUUGAAACUAUUAGUAAUCAUUUCUGCUUCAGCAAUGCCGGCGCGACCAAGAUGCGGGCGUGUAUCGUCCAGUAACUCGAUCGAUCGGUGCAGUGGUGAUGCAGGAAUCAACUCCGGUCAUGUUCAAUGCAUCGUGCACAUAUGCGAUUUCUCGGCACGCGUGAACGUCGGCCACUGCUAACGCAUACAGCAGAAGUAGUUUCCAUUCUUGGGCAGCGCACACACAAACGAAACACAAGAAAGAA